GCCUUCACGCCAAAAGCGUGGCCGUCUUGGCAGACUGCGGCGCGGGAACGCGGGAAGUCCACUCUGGCUUCGCGGCUUCGUAGCCGGGUCGGGAUUGUCACGUGCCGUUUCGGACCGACGUCGUUGGUCGAACGGCGACGACGACGCGCACGACGGUUUUAUUGUGAAGGUCGACGGGUGUCCGUUCUCCGGCGUGGAGAACGCGCAGCGCCUUGACGCAGCGGGACGGGUGGCGUCUGCUCUGGUCCCGGUCCUGGUCCCGGUCCCGGUCCAGGAGAAGGAGACGCCGCAGAUGCUGCGGCAGCGCCCUCACCAUUAGCCGCUUUUCCGAGCGCAAAAGACGCCCGAGUCCGGCGCAGCAUCCUGUCGAUCCGAGAAUGCUUUGCGCCUGACAAGAUGAGCGUGACGUCUUGGUUCCUGGUCAGCAGCUCCGGCACGCGCCACCGCCUCCCCAAGGAGAUGAUCUUCGUGGGCCGCGAGGACUGCGAGCUCAUGCUGCAGUCUCGCAGUGUGGAUAAGCAGCACGCCGUCAUCAACUACGACGCCGUGGCAGACCAGCACCUGGUCAAGGACUUGGGGAGCCUGAACGGGACGUUCGUGAACGACCUGAGGAUUCCCGACCAGACGUACAUGACGCUGAAAGUGUCCGACGUCCUCCGAUUCGGAUACGAUUCUCACGUCUACGUUCUGGAGAAGAGUCAACACAAAGUCCCCGAAGAGGCUCUCAAGCACGAGAAGUACACCAGCCAGCUGCAGAUCGGACCCAAGAGGGCGGAGUUGGAGAAGAGCGCCGGCGGCAAGGGUCUGAUGCAAGAGGUGCCCGCCCCCCGGCCCACGCCGCUCUACGGGCAGCCAUCUUGGUGGGGAGAGGACGACUGCGGGAGUCGGCCGGACCGCGACGACGAGCCUCGCAAGGACGACCCUCGCAGAGAGGCGCAGAGAGAAGCGCCGCCCCCUGCGGAUCCCGACUUCCACGGAUGUCUUUCCAGUCCGCGGACCAAGACCCCGUUGGCGCCGUACCAGCGGGAGGCCAGCUACUUUGAGAUUCCCACCAAAGACUUGCAAGUCCCCAAGGACGCGGCGGCGGUGCCACAAGAGAUCCCCACCAAGGACUCCCCCGCCGAGACCCCGCCUGCGGUCCAGAGCCACGCCUCCUUCACCAUCGAGUUUGACGAGUGCACGCCGGGCAAGAUCAAAAUCAAAGACCACGUGACCAAGUUCUCCUCCCGCCAGAGGAAGACUCCGCCCCCUGCCAGGACCCCGGCGGACGUGAUGUCGUCCCAGAGCAAGGUUGCCGAUUGGCUGGUUCACAGCGACGUCAGCCUGAUGAAGAAGCGCACCGCCAGCGACGACGUUUACAGCACCAAGAGCGACCUGGCCGUCAACAUGAAGUUGCUGAAAGGUCAUCACCAUGACGACGGGACGCAGAGCGACUCCGAGGACCCGGCGGCGCUCACAGGGCGCAAAAGUAAAUCCCGGCCGUCCGGGAGUCCCGUCCGGCCCGGACCCGCGCCGUUGGCCUCCGCCGAGGGCCCGCAGCCCCCCUUGCGCCGGAGCCCCGCUCGGGUCCGGUCUCCCGUCGCGGACCCGUCCGAGCGGAGUCCUCCCGAUCGCCUGAGCCAGCAGGCGUUUGUCAUCGAGUUCUUCGACGACAACCCCCGUAAGAAGCGCUCGCAGUCGUUCACGCACAACCCCGCCCACGCAGACUCCUACUCGGCCCUCAAGAGCAAGCUGGAGCGGCGCAAAGGCGGCGAGCGUCCGGCAUCCGUUCACGGCCACGUGGCCGCAACCCAGCAGGUCACGGUGCCGCUCAAAAGUCCCGGCAGCCACGGAGCCCCCCAGAGAUCCAGUUCUCUGAAGCGGGAACAGGCGGACACGGAGACCUCUCGCUCGACCUCGACCUCGGCCUCGGUCACCUUCGUUCGGCCUUUUGGCAGCGUCGGGAAGAAGUCCAAACUUUCUCAGGACUGGGCGGUGGAAUUCCUGAAGGAUUCCAGUCAGGACUCCGUCCCUAGCAGGGAACAAGCGUCGGCUCCUUUGCCACCAGAGCCUUCGGGCCCUCCUGUGACGCCUUCCCCGGGUUUCAGCGGAGGCGAGCCCAAAGGGUGCCAGAGGCUGCCGAGGAACGAGGAGGACGACAGCGUGAGCGAGGCCGGCACCUACACCAUCGACACGGACGCUCACGACCAGGAAGUGGAAGACGCUCGCAACAUGAUUGACCAGGUGUUCGGGGUCCUGGACUCUCCGGAGUACGCCGAGCAGAGCCCGGAAACGCCGAGGCCCGUACUAGACGAAGGCCAGGAUGAGCACGCUAACACCGCUAGCUGUUGCCUGAUGUUGCACGACUUUGGUCUGGCGGCAAGCCCCUUACAGGCUCCGGGUCCGGAAGGACCAAAGUGGGUUUCCCGUUGGGCCAGUCUAGCAGACAGCUGUGCUGCGCCUGCUCCUGCGCCGCCUCAGGAAGACCGGCGUGCGCCGACUGAACUUGAGAGCUACGACCGCUCAGAGUCGGAGUCCAGCCACAGCUCCAGGACGAGAAGGGUCCUGCCUCAGGUUCCCCCCGAAAAGUUGGACGGCGCCCUCGCCGGCCUCCUCGUGCGCCACGAAUCUUGCCGUGACCGAGCUCCUCCUUCUCCUCCACGGCAACAGGACUGUACUCGGUGCUUGUCUGUUCAAGAUGAACUGGAUCCGGACAGUCUGAGCGACGCGAGCCGCUCAGAGGACGGAGCCAUUUUCAAGCAAACACAGAACCGUCGAGGUGCUCUGAAAUCCUCAGCUCCUCCGAGGGCUCAGGAGAAGUCGAGCUCAUCCACAAAAUCCCCCAUCUUCUACAUUGGUUCUGAAGAAAACCCAAGCAGAGCUGACUCAGCCAACUUUCAGAGGAGCCCAGACUCCUGCGGCAAGACUCCCCCGACCACCGUUCUGAUCCGACACCUGGGCAACCAGGAACCCCGAAGGGGGGGCCUGAAACCGCACAGCUCCGCACCGAACCUCCAAACACAGAACAAAGAUUGCGUCCCGACGAAAGAUACCUCGUCCCUUGUACGACAGGAGAGUUUCACCAAAGCCGGGCCAAGUGAAAACAUCCAAGUCAAGAAACUUCCCCACAUUUCCAGUCAGCCAUCCAUCAGAGACUUGGAACAGAGGACGGAGAGGUUGACGGAUCCGGAGCCGUUCCUCCGGGAGCCCGGCAAGUUCCCACCCCCCGGCUCGUCCGGCCACGGGGACGAUUCGCUUUCCGGAGAGUCUGACGUGGACACGGCGAGCACCGUCAGCCAGGUGAGCAGCAAAAACGCGUCCGCCGGCGCCGCCCCGCACAAACGGCCCGACGCCGCGCUCCAAAAGGAGAAGACCUCCUCCAGACAGCACAAGGGGGGGCGGCAGCUCUCGGCCCGUGAGCGACUUUCAGAGAAACGGCGAAACCAGGUUAGCGUCACUCCCGCCCACAAGGCGGAGACCACCAAGCGCUUUCAGAUGCGCCGCAGCGCCGGCAGCCGGGGAUCUUUGGACCUGUCGGCUGAGCCCCAGCGGGCUUCCCGGACGACAUUUUCCGACCCGGAAGCCUCUCGGACAUCGGGCCGCGGUAAGAAGGCGUCGGUCCCCUCGCUUCAAAAAGAGGACGACGCAAAGACGGCGAUUGGACAGGUUCUGACCCGUUCCAACAGCUUAUCUGCGCCGCGGCCCACUCGAGCGUCCAUGUUGCGCCGAGCGCGCCUGGGAGAGGCUUCGGAUAACGAAGGUGCGGAGACCGACCGAGCCUCUCAAGGUUCUGACAAUGCCGCUGUGGCGCCAAAAGCGCUGCUCGAGGCCAAGAAACUGUCCAGGCUGGACAUCCUAGCGCUGCCGCGGAAGAGGACCGGUUCUUUCACGGCUCCCGGCGACAACGAGGCCUCGUCCUCCGCCGGCCGUGCCGCUCUCGUCAACCGGAACCUCGAUGGCGCCAGGAAGUCCUCGGCGAGCGACGCCCAGCGGGCCGGCGCUAGAGCGGGAGCGGCUCCGGGAAAGAAUGCGCCGACCCGCAAGUACGCCAACAGUGGUUUCCGUCCCAAGCAGAAGAACUCCGACUUUUCUUCUUCAUCUGACGACGACUACAAAAGCGGCAGCGCAAAUGCCGCAAAAGCCAAACCCUCAACCCCGACGCCCCGGAGCGCCGCGUCCGCCGAGACGGAGGAGGACGAGGACCGGAACGACCCCUACCAGAACUGGUCCGCGCACAGCGCCGAGAUCGCAAAGCUCAGUCAGGACUUGGCCAAAGAUUUGGCCAUCUUGGCCAGAGAAAUCCACGACGUCGCCGGGGACGGGGACGGGGACGGAGUCUGCGCCGGCGAGGAGCCGCUGGAAGUCGCCCCCGACGCCGCUCGGAACCUUCCCGAACGCUCUCGACUGGACGCGAACAUGAACGAAGCCGCGUGGGACUGCAGCGGAGAGGUCGCCAUCUCAUUCUCUCAGGACCCGCGGCCGCUGAGUCCCCUGCGGCAUCUGUCGCACGCCAUCCGGGACAACACGGAGCAGCUGGCCGCCAAACUGAAGGUGAUCUUCCACAAGAAAGCCGACUUGUGGGAAGAGAUCGAAGAGAAGAUGAAAGCGGAUGCCGAAGUUCCGGUCCCGAAGACGUCCGAUCAGGAGAUCUCAAAGGUGGUGACGGAGCUCAGGAGAGUCCAAAGGCAGCUGGAAGUCAUCAACUGGGCGGUGGAUCCGGCGGCCGGGAGCCUUCCGUCCGUCGCUCGGAGUCCGAGGACCUCCUCCGAAGAAAACAAAGGCGGCGGCAAACAAAAUGGCGUCUCUCCCAAAACGCGGCGUCGGCUGCUGUGAUGGGGGUUCCUAAUAUUGUGCACACGCUCGUCGGUAGAAAACAAUUGACCCGCAUCCGAGACGUGAGACGGCCCGCUCGUGCCCGGCCUGCCUGUUGUGGUGAAGUUCGUCGUUUCUUUUAGCGAGCCGGAGCCCGAAGACGCUUCCUCGUUUGCUGUCGGUGUCGUCGUCGUGACCCGCUCCCUCCUUUUGUGCCACUUCAGUGCUUUGACGCCAGAAUGAAAUGGAAAGAAUGUUCAUCAGUGUCAUUUAUUGGAAUAAAAACGAGAAAAGUCA